AUGGAUAUCCUACAACAUCCAGAAAAAUUGUACAAUAUGGAUGAAAAGGGAUGCCGGAUAACUGUACACAAGCAGAACACAGUCCUAGCAGAGAAAGAAAGCAAAAGAGUUCAUCUCAUUGCCCCUGAACACGCGGAAAAUGUUACGAUAGCAAUGUGCGUGAAUGCCAUUGGUACUGCGAUACCACCUAUGAUCCUCUUUAAAGGAAAAAGACAGACCUGA